AAAGGUGGUGGUCGUCCUUUAAAUGAAAUUUGGAAGCACUUUGAAAGAUUUCCAACAGAAACUCCUGGCAAGUUUCGGGCUUGUUGUAAUUUUUGUCUAUUAGAAUUGAAAUGUGCUGAAAUAGUAGCUUUAGAAGAGCAUCUUGCAAACCAUUGUCCAAAUGCACCAGGACUAAUUUUACGUGAAUAUAUGCAAAAG